GUCAGCUGAAAAAUGGCCGCGAUGGGGGAGAAGGCAGCUGCCAUGGACAGCAUUUCUAGAGCUCCCGCUCCACCGUCCGCCCUGAACCUCGCGACAGACACGGCUGUGAGGGGAGAAAACACUUGUCCUGAAGGUGCAACGGAACCGACAACAACUGCUCCUAAAAAGCCCAGUAACAAUAAUGACGGAGGUGUGGAGACCGCGGAGGAGGCGACCGAGCCAGCAGAGCAAGACAUUAAUGAGCUGUGUAAGGACAUGUUUGAGAAAAUGGCGAUCUUUCUGCAGGGAGAACUCACAGCUACAUGUGAGGACUACAAGUUACUGGAGAACAUGAACAAACUCACAAGUCUGAAGUACAUGGAGAUGAAGGACAUAUCAGUCAACAUCAGCCGAAACCUGCAAGACCUUAAUCAGAAAUACGCCAGCUUGCAGCCCUAUCUGGACCAGAUCAAUCACAUUGAGGAGCAGGUGACUGCUCUGGAACAGGCAGCUUACAAACUGGACACUUACUCUAAGAAACUGGAGGCCAAGUUCAAAAAACUGGAGAAGCGGUGAAGAGUGUGUGUGUGUUUGAGAGUG